AUGCGGGCGCUUCGCGUUGUCCUCCGACCACUUUUACACCGCCAAAGGAGAUGGCUCUGCUCGUUGCCUUCUUCAAGUGAAGACGUUGACGUGAGGAACUUUCUACCAUCAGAAGCGUUUCUGAAACAGUUUGUCAGACGUCCGUCUCAUCGUGACAAGCUUACGUCGCUUAUUUCUGAACUACAGAUUUUCUUGGAAAUGUUCGGGAAGGACUCUCUCCCCGAAUUCACUGAUUCCAUUUGGUCUACAUAUUUUGGAACAUGGUCAGCAGAAGAUCGCUGUCAAUUUCUCAAUCAAUUACGGCUUGAAAGGAAAAACGCCCGGAAAUUCAGCACAACUGGCGAAAAGGAGCAGGCAAGUGUAUCAUGUAAGUACCUGAUAUCAGUGAUUAAUCAAAGAAGAGAAGAUAAUGGGGAGAUGGUCUAUGCACCUGGAUUUAACGCUUUAAUAGAACUUCGAGGUCAAGAAUUUCGACGCACCAUUGAUCGUUUGUACGGAAGUAGACUACUUGCGUUGCAAAGGUGCGAAGAAGAGCUACCCAAGCUUGUAAUCGACUGCAGAUUCCUCACAGAUUUCAGUGUGGCAAUCCAAUCUACGUUUGCCAAACACUUACUCUUCCAAUAUGGUCCGCCUUCUAUCGACAAGCCCUUCUCACGCCACCCUUUCGCGCCAACAUUAACGGCGAAAGGUGUUGAGCAUGCUUCUGGAAGCAGUCCUUCAGAUAUCAUGUAUAUAUCCUGGCGUGCAACUCAAUUUCUACCCGAUGAACCCCCUCCAAAUGUUCGAGCUGUCGUACUUUGUACGAGCAGGGACUAUCAACCAUGGUCGAGUAGUGUCUCAGCUGCUCAGAAGGAUGGUAUUACGGCUUACCGAUUACCUUUGGAACGAUAUGCUAGAUUUGAAUUUCUCUCCAAGCACCUGCCUCUCAAUGCAGCAUCGUCGAUUUUGCGUUCCUACUUUCGUGGAGACGAUAUCGGCGAAUCGAUCAAAACGGUCGUUGACUCGCUGUAUAAGAGUGUUCGCUCAGCUACGAAGGAGGAAACAGAGUUAUUUGAAUUUCUCUCCAAGCACCUGCCUCUCAAUGCAGCAUCGUCGAUUUUGCGUUCCUACUUUCGUGGAGACGAUAUCGGCGAAUCGAUCAAAACGGUCGUUGACUCGCUGUAUAAGAGUGUUCGCUCAAGCUACGAAGGAGGAAACAGAGUUGUUAGAACGGUACAAGUCUGUCAUCCAAGAAGCAGUGGCGAAAGCGGAACGAGAAAGUUCGUCAGCAUCAAGGGCGAAGCCAACCCGUUCCCAGCAGGAACCGAAAAAGCCGAGAGUUCACCGGUAUACUAG